AUGGAGUGCGCCCUGGACGCCCAGAGCCUGAUCAGCAUCUCCCUGCGCAAGAUCCACAGCUCUCGGACCCAGCGCGGCGGCAUCAAGCUGCACAAGAACCUCCUGGUGUCCUACGUGCUCCGCAACGCGCGCCAGCUCUACCUGAGUGAGCGCUACGCCGAGCUCUACCGGCGCCAGCAGCAGCAGCAGCAGCAGCCGCCCCACCACCAGCACCAGCACCUCGCGUACGCGGCGCCGGGCAUUCCGGCCAGCGCGGCCGACUUCGGCCCGCUCCAACUUGGCGGCGGCGGGGACGCGGAGGCGCGCGAGCCUGCCGCUCGGCACCAGCUGCACCAGCUCCACCAGCUGCACCUCCAGCAGCAGCUGCACCAACACCAGCACCCGUCACCCUCCGCGCCCCCAGGGGCCGCCCCUCCGGCCACCACCUCCCUGCCCGCCUCCCCGACCCCCUCCUCCUCCCCCGGCUUCUACCGGGGCGCGUACCCGGCCCCCUCGGACUUCGGCGUACAUUGCAGCAGCCAGACCACCGUGCUGGACCUGGACACUCACGUGGUGACCACGGUGGAGAACGGCUACUUGCACCAGGACUGCUGCGCCUCCGCCCACUGCCCCUGUUGUGGCCAGGGCGCCCCGGGACCGGGCCUGGCGCCCACCGCCGGCUGCAAGCGCAAGUAUUACCCGGGCCAGGAGGAGGACGACGACGAAGAGGAGGACGCGGGCGAGCUGGGAGCCGAGCCCCCCGGGGGCGCCCCGUUCGCCCCCUGCAAGCGCGCCCGCUUCGAGGACUUCUGCCCGGACGCGUCCCCGGACGCGUCCAACAUCUCAAACUUGAUCUCCAUCUUUGGCUCGGGCUUCUCCGGGCUGGUGAGCCGACAGCCGGACUCCUCGGAGCAGCCGCCGCCGCUCAACGGGCAGCUGUGCGCCAAGCAGGCGCUCGCCAGUCUCGGCGCCUGGACUCGAGCCAUUGUCGCCUUCUAG